AGGGAGGGGGAGCGAAAUUGAGGGCGCCACAUUGUCAUAAAGUCUGGUCGGAUUGAUUGCUAUUCUGUCUGUCUGCCCUGUCGAUCGCUCUAUUUCAAAACCCACAAAAUCAAACGCUCUCUAGCUCAUGACCUAGACCACAAUUUGCCACUUGUUGAAGCAGAAGAAGACGACGACGACGACGACGACGACGAUGAUGCCUGCUUAAUGUCGUAGUAGGGUGGAGUGCUGUUGUUGUUGGUGCUGAAGAAGACCCGAAAGAGAGAAAGAGAGGUGCAGCAGGAUUUGAGGAGGAGAGUGAAGAGAAGUGAAGAGAAGAAGGUGGCGACACUUGGGGGUGAAGGGGCUCUCGCUUGCUUGGCUUUGCAUUGCUUACAUGCAGACAGGGCCCAAAUUUGGGGAAGCAGCAGCUGUGGUGGUGGGGAAGGGAUAAUGGAACAUGGGUGAGAAGUCGAACGCGACGGUUCUGCACUGCUCCGAGUUGAACUCGUCUGGUUCCACGUCGCAACUUUAAAUGCUGCUCGUUUAGAGUUCCUCCUGGCUUCGCCCCUCUUCGUCGGAUCCACAUUGUUUUGUUAGCUCACGUGGCUCUGUUUCGUCGCUCCCUUGCAUCCGCGUGCGACCUUUCCUAUUGCAGCAAUGCAAUUUCCUCUUCCUGCUUUUGCGAGGGCAGCGUUGUAGUAUUACCCCCCCUUUUUUUUUCUUUCCAAUUCUUUUUUCCCUCUGGGUGCUGUAGGUUGUGAACUGACUGGGAUCACCGCGUAGUGGUGUGUCAAGUCUUGUGGGUCUGGUGCGGUUUCCUUAGCGGGCUUUUGAGGUACGGGAGAUGUAUUUGUGCUUUUGCGGGGUAAGUUGAAGGGUUUUGGCGAGGUUUUGAGGGUUAUUCCGCCCCCGAGGUAUUUCUUUCGUCAUUCCGUGCGCUUGGUUUCGACGGUGUUGCAGAGCCGGGGACUGUUGCUUUGGUUGGAAUUUCGGGCUUGUUAUUCGAUCUAGUUUGUCUUAGUCGUUGAAGCUGCCAGAGUAACUUUCGUAAGGCUUCGCAGCUGGUAUGCGUGCUGUAUGUUUCCCUCGGGACAUGUGCCCAUAUGCAUCUUUUCCCAUGGCACUGUGAGGGGCGUCGGAGUGACCUGAUUCCCGCCAAGCUGGAGCUCACUUGAAUUUCAAAUGGGAAUAUUUUAUGAGAAGCGGCAGGGAAUGCUCUUUGUUGUUGUUCCUGGUUUUGGCCUUGCACCGUCCAGAUGCGCCAGUCUUAACUCCUCUCUGUUGUCCUUUCAGUCUCUUGUAAUUAUUACUCGUUUGCAACUUCGAAAUACGAUAUUGUCGUUCCGCAGAGUCUGUCCCUCGAAGCGGUCUUGUUGCAAUGCCAACGCCGGCAGUACUAAAAAUUCACCAGAAUGAUGCGUUGAUUCGUUGAUAGCGAACUUCUAAACCGUUAAGCGAACAUGUACUCUUGUCUUGCAAGAUGGUCGAGCUAGGAAUGAAACCAGCAGCAUUCGGUCGAAUCCACCAAUAUUAAUUUUAUGCCAGCAUUUUGAACUCUACACCGCAGUGCAACUUUUGGGAGACAUCCAUUUUUGUGGGGCGCUCGAAGCAAUCGGGGAUUGAAUAGGGUAUGUGACUCUUCUGUGGAAGGUCGGAAGUCACGGCUCAUGUGGUAACUAUGUAUCAGCAUGAUACAAGCAGUGAAAGAAUUCCACAGAGUCCUCCGGUUCCUCAAGCACCACCUGAGAAUUUGAAAUCAACUGGCACAGAAGCGAUCGAAGUGAAGGUGGAGCCGACCCUGACGCGGGUAGACUCCAUUGAAGGUGGUCCUCGACGAAUUACGAGGAAGGAGAAGCUGCAGCAGAAAAUUCGACGAGCUGGACAAUUUUUGAAAGCCCACACAGACGAGCAAUGGUAUGGGUUCAAGAUUGCAGUAGCAAUGGCAUUGAGCUCAAUACCGGUUCUCGUUAGACCCCUGUACGACUAUUUUGGAAUAAACAGCGUGUGGCUUAUUAUCUCAGUUAUUAUUAUUUAUGAGCCUAAGGUGGGCACUAUAUUGUCCAAGGGAAUUCAACGCCUGAUCGGAUCUGUGUCCGCAAUUUUACUCGCGCUUGCAUGUUCUGAAAUUGCGGAAGCGUCUGGACGAGCCGAGGUGUAUGUGAUCCCUGUGUUCUUGUUUAUAGGGUCAUGGAUCAUUGGUUUUUUUAGACAGCUGCCAAUUGUGAAGGAGAAGUGUGAUUAUGCUGCACUUGUUGGGCUUAUUACUUUUGGGUUGCUGACAUUGAUUGAGUAUCGCACACAUGAGGGACCAAAGCUCGCGGGCUUUCGAAUGUUGCUUAUUGUUGUGGGGUUUGCCAUUUCAGUUGGGACCAACAUAGGUAUUAAGCCAAAUUUUGCAGGAAAGGAGCUGCAUGAGGUGGUUGCUGCACAUUUUGACAAAAUUGCGGUUGCCCUGGACGCAUGUGUUCAAGCAUAUAUAGCAGGAAAUCGGAUGGCAGAUCUUGAGAAAAUUAUAGAGGGAUCUGAACCUGAAGAUGCUGUGUAUGAGGGCUACAAAACCGUUAUUCUUGCGAAAGCUAGUGAAGAUGCACUGCAUGAUUUGGUGGUGUAUGAACCGCCUCAUGGUCUAUUCAGAUUGAAGUAUCCAUGGGGUCUGUACAAAGACAUUUCGCAGUAUUGCCGGCAUUGUAUGUACGCAGUGGUAGCCAUGGAUGGCUGUCUUCGCUCUGAGAUUCAAUGCCCUGUUCAUGUACGUCAACUUCUAGCUCGCCCUAUGAUUCGCCUCGUUGAAGAAGCCAUCAAGGUAUUAGAGGCAAUGGGAGAGAGCAUAACAGAAAUGAAACUGGUGAAUCUUCGGCCCUACAUGAGUGCUGUAGAAACUGCAGCCCUGGAUCUGCAGAAAGAACUGCAGGAGAAUGCAAUGUUGUUGAUAACUCCGACUCCUGAAACGGACAGGUGGGUGGAGACUUAUUUGGAUGACGACGAUGAAAGAGCUAGAGCCAGUAUGUCUAGCAGUAAAGCAAGACGAUCUGCAGCAGCGACUGAAUCAGUAGAGGGGAAGCGAGCUUCAACAGAGGAUGAUGAAUCUGUGGAGUUCUCGUUUCCAGUAAUGCAGGCAGAAGAGGGAUUUGAUGAUGGGUAUCUACACACGGACUCAUACAACCAUCAGAGCCGUGUGACGCCGGAGCGCAGCCUGCUUCAAAGUACUCCUUCGGACUUGCAAGAAAGGCAUCGUCCUUCAGUGGAUCUCACGUACAUGGAACCAAUUACCCCUUCUUCCCAGCAGGGCUCACUGGCUGAUCGGAUCAACCGAAAACCAAGUAGUCGGCAAUUAAUGGUUCCAGUUCCAGGAGGAAUUGCAGUUUUAUCAUUAGUUCAGUUUGUGUGUGGUUUGGUAGAGUUUGCAGCCAAGUUGAACUUGCUGGUCAAUUGCGUCAACACUUUGGGCGAGAAGGCUGGCUUUACUGGCGAUGGUAGGAUACGCUCUAGAAGAGAAAACACUGAGAGGCGAACACACUUAGAUUCGGUGACUACUGAUUCAUGAGGGCUGCUCCAUUCUUCCAGUGCUUAGCUCGCCUGGGUUGGUUUUGGAUUUUAAUUUUUAGGCCCUCGAACCACAAAAGUGGUAUACCACAGAACGUUGUACCUUUCUCUACUGGCCUGCGGUUGGUCAGCUUCUUUCCUUUCAGGAAGAUUCCUUUGAUCAUUGAAUGCGUAUUUUAUCAUUUAGUGA